AUGGCUUGGAAAGUCGAGGACAUCGACCUGUUCCCCGCAGGCCUGGCGGAGUACAGGCUGCCCCGAGGUCUUGUGGGGCCUACCUUCGCCUGCGUCAUCGGCGGGCAGUUCCUCCACACGCGCGCCGGUGACAGGUUUUGGUACGAGAGCGAUGUGUUGGUCCUGCCCUUCGCUCAGGCUAUGUCUGGGAGUGACUCUCCCGCUGCCCUGAUGUCUGAAUUUCAGCCAGUUCUUGAAUCUUUAUCUGGGCCUGAGGCUAGACUGUCCAGCACGUCGUUUCUUAAUGUUUUUUCACCUCACUCUUUGCUUCCACGUAUGCCUCAAUAUCUUCCUCAGUCUAUGUCUGUUCCUGAUUAUUCACUUCAACUUUUACCGGAAUCUUCACUUCAGCCCAUGUCUGAGCUUUCGCUUUCACCUAUGUCUGAAUCUUUUCCUCAGUCUAUGUAUGAAUCUUUUCCUCAGUCUAUGUAUGAAUCUUUUCCUCAGUCUAUGUCUGAAUAUUUAAAUAGGUCUAUGUCAGAAUCUUUUCCUCAGUCUAUGUCUGAACCUUUUCCUCAGCCAGUGUCUGAAUAUUUAACUCAGUCUAUGUCUGAAUCUUUUCCUAAGUCUAUGUAUGAAUCUUUUCCUCAGUCUAUGUCUGAAUCUUCUCUUCAGUCUAUGUCUGAAUCUUUUCCUCAGUCUAUGUCUGAAUAUCUAACUCAGUCUAUGCCUGGAUCUUUUCCUCAGCCUAUGUCAGAAUAUUUAACUCAGUCUAUGUCUGAUUUUUUCCCUCAACCUAUGUCUGAAUAUUUAACUCAGUCUAUGUCUGAUUUUUUCCCUCAACCUAUGUCUGAAUAUUUAACUCAGUUUAUGUCUGAAUAUCUAACUCAGUCAAUGUCUGAACCUUUUCCUCAGCCUAUGUCUGAAUAUUUAACUCAGUCUAUGUCUGAACUUUUUCCUCAGUCUAUGUCUGAAUCUUUUCCUCAGCCUAUGUCUGAAUAUUUAACUCAGUCUAUGUCUGAAUCUUUUCCUAAGUCUAUGUAUGAAUCUUUUCCUCAGUCUAUGUCUGAAUCUUAUCUUCAGUCUAUGUCUGAAUCUUUUCCUCAGUCUAUGUCUGAAUAUCUAACUCAGUCUAUGCCUGGAUCUUUUCCUCAGUCUAUGUCUGAAUAUUUCCCUCAGUCUAUGUCUGAACAUUUAACUCAGUCUAUGUCUGAAUAUGUUCCUCAGUCUAUGUCUGAAUCUUUUCCUCAGUCUAUGUCUGAAUAUCUAACUCAGUCUAUGUCUGAAUCUUAUCCUCAGUCUAUGUCUGAAUAUCUAACUCAGUCUAUGUCUGGAUCUUUUCCUCAGCCUAUGUCUGAAUAUCUAACUCAGUCCAUGUUUGAACCUUUUCCUCAGUCUAUGUCUGAAUCUUAUCCUCAGUCUAUGUCUGAAUAUCUAACUCAGUCUAUGUCUGGAUCUUUUCCUCAGGCUAUGUCUGAAUCUUUUCCUCAGUUUAUGUCUGAAUCUUUUCCUCAACCUAUAUCUGAAUAUUUAACUCAGUCUAUGUCUGAAUCUUUUCCUCAGUCUAUGUCUGAAUAUUUAAAUCAGUCUAUGUCUGAACAUUCAACUCAGUCUAUGUCUGAAUCUUUUCCUCAAUCUAUGUCACUUCUAGAUUAUUCACUUCAACCUAUGCCGGAAUCUUCACCACAGCCCAUGUCUGAACUUAAGCUUUCACCUGAAUCUUUCUCUCAGCCUAAGCAUGAACAUUUUCCUCAGCCUAUGUCCGAAUAUUUUCCUCAACUUAUGUCUGAAUCCUUUCCUCUGCUUUACUAUGAACAUUUUCCUCAGCCUAUGUCGGAAGCUUUUCCUAAGCCUAUGUCUGAAUCUUUUCCUCAGUCUAUGUCUGAAUCUUUUCCUCAGUCUAUGUCUGAAUCUUUUCCUCAGUCUAUGUCUGAAUCUUUUCCUCAGUCUAUGUCUGAAUCUUUUCCUCAGUCUUUGUCUGAAUCUUUUCCUCAGCCUAUGCCUGAAUCUUCACCUCCUCCUAAGCACGCCAGUCAAUGUUUCAAUAUUUAUAGCAACCUGUACCUGAAUUUGCACAUCGGCGCUAAGUUUGAAUCUUCGUUUCCACCUAUACCUGAUGCCAUAAUUCAAACCAUGUGUGAAUCUUUAUCUCAGUCUGUGCCUGCUUCUUUGUCUAUGCCUAAUCCUAUGCCGAAGUCCUUGCCCCAUUCUAUGCCUGAAUCUUUGUUUGAUCCUAUGCCUGAAUCUUUAUCUAUGCCUCUGCCAGACCCUUCAUUCGAAAUCAUGCGUGCACCUCUGCUUCGAGAUAAGCCUGACAGUUUUCUUCAGCCUAUGCUGGAGUCCGUGAUUCAGUCUGUGCCUAGGCUUACCCUCCCGCCCACACCCGAAGGUUUACCUGUGCCUCCCUCUUACACUUCAGAUGGCCCUCCUUAUGCUAUGCCUGACUUCACGCUUUCAGAUCCCGCUUCUCCUCCUGCUUGA